UGAACAAAAAUGAUUUUCAAAUUUUAAUUUUUCAAUUUACUACCUCACAUUAUCAGUAAAACAGUAAUACUAUUAAAAAUAAUAUUUUUCUUUCAUUAUUCGAGUAUAUUCAAUUUCCGGUGUCGGCCACCGGUAUUCAAUGUAAAAAGAUACAAAUUAGAAAACAAAACAAUCAUAUUCCAAAUAAGUACAAUUAGGUAUAGCGUGUUGUACCGCAUUUAACGCUUUAAACUUUCUUUUAUUCGUCCCAUGUAUCCGCGAUGAUUUAUCUCGUUGAAAUUAAAAGGAACAAGGAAGACGUGUUCGGUGGAAGGCACCCUAUUAUUUCCUCGACGAAAAAUGUCCACUGAUCUGAGAGAGCAGUGUGAGUGGAUCUUCUAGGCUGAAUUAGAUGUUAAGGUGGACGUGUGCCGGGGGUUCGACCGCGGCAGGGGUGGUUUCCCCGAAUGUUGUCGGAGAAGGGAGGAGCCAUCUUGCGGCUGCUUUCAGGCCAGCCACCAAUUGAUUCAUCCCCACCGUGGCUCCAUAACUGGAAGGAAGGGGCGUCGAUUCAAUUCCAGGACAAAAAAACCGUCCAAGAGGCGGAGCCCCCCUCGUAAUCCGUCCGUUCCGAUUGGCCAGAAACAGAGUGGCACCCGCGAACCCGCUAUCCGACCGACCAAUCCACCGCCACUGGGUGGCGACCCGAACCAGUUUGGGUUCCGUGGACAGAGGGGAGCCGUUGACUUCGCUCACCAGGCAGAUAGUGCUGUGCCGUUGGCUCGUGCCGUAGUGGUUCUAACACUAACAGGUCCUUGCCACCGAGUAAUCCAUGGAAUUCGUUCGUCGCGCGAUCAAAUUCUCGUACCAGGACCUGUCCAUACACACCGGUGUCGCCUAAUUUUACCAGCUGACCAGUGCUUCCGUGGUAACGUACAGCUGCAGGACAUCCUGUCAGCAAGUGUGAUACUAGAUCAGUGCUCAAGGACCUGUGUUUGUUUUGUUUCCCACUGUUCAAACUACUCGGUGACACUUAUUUUUGGUGCUUUCGGUGGCAAGUUGAAGAUCGAGGACCGAGGAUCAACCCUAAAUCAAAUUGAUCUUGAAGACCGUUGACGAAGAACUGUUCUAGUGAUUCAAGUGAAGUUCCUUAGGACUGUAUUCGACGAAGGAUUGAAGGACCCUUCAGACUGACUCUGUGUUCGACGAAGUACUGUUCAGUUCGGUUGAUUGUUAUUCAAAUAUCCGAAGGGACGAAUGGAAAAAUCCUAGAAGAUCGUAAUCGAAGAUCUCUUCAGUUGAUCUAUUUUCAUUGAUAGUGAUUGUGGUUGCUUCAGAAGAUAGGAGGAAUAGUCUAAACCUGUCAGAUCCUUGCAUCGCACUGUCCGACGGCUGACUGAUCGAAGAAUCUCUCUGCCAGCUCUUCUCAUCGACAUCUCGGUCACGGGGACCGCAAAAACCCCGUGGAUUCCGGGUAAAAAAGAUGUAAGCGAUCAACUGAUCCCGUGCAACGGCAAAAAGCUUGAUUCAGAGGUUCUGCACGUGGCCGCGGCUCGACUAGUUGAAGCGUCCGAGGUUGAAGGGACUAUCUUUCACGGUUGUCAGUACCGAUGAGCGUGAACGGGUCGCGAUCAGCGUACGCUUAGCGUCGAGGAGAUAGCAGGGUGUUCAUAGAUGCAAAAGAAGUGAAAUCUCUCCGACGGAGAGACAACAGGUCGUCAAGUUGGUACCAAACAUGGGCCUGGAACCGGGUGGUGGUCUGUCCUUUCCACUGCUUCCUGGUAGCGGUUCCGCUGGUUCCGGUGGGUCACUGUUGACACCAGCCAGACUGUUCCAGAGGGCGACACCCGUGUUUCCGUUUCAUCUGACAGGAUGGUCGCCGCAUCAUCCGGUACUGGGACAGGUUCAGAACCAGGUACAGCAGACUAUUCAGGUUCGGCAUCAGGUGGCUGUCAGGUUCCUCAGUCAUGCUCAUCAUCCGCAUCCGGUGUUGGGGAACCACCCUCUGGUACCGGCGAUAACUAGCCACCAUCCGACCGCCCAUCAUCUUCAUCACGGUGCCGAUCACAACGACGAGGAUAACGAGAAGAAAGGCUGUGACGGUGAAUCCGACGAAGGUGGGAGCAAAAGGCGGAGAAGCAGGACCAACUUUAAUAGCUGGCAAUUGGAGGAAUUGGAACGGUCAUUUCUCACGAAUCAUUAUCCUGAUGUGUUUAUACGAGAAUCUCUGGCUUUGAGACUCGAGCUGAAAGAGAGCCGCGUGGCCGUGUGGUUCCAGAACCGAAGGGCAAAGUGGAGGAAAAAGGAGCAUACGAAGAAGGGCCCGGGGAGGCCAGCGCACAACGCUCAUCCCCAAAGCUGCAGCGGCGAACCAAUUCCACCUGAAGAGCUGAGAAGGAAGGAGCGGGAGAGGCGGCAGAAGAAACUGCUGAAGGCUCUCGAACGACAGCAGAGGAAAUUAGCCGCGAAGGGUAUCACCGUCGACCUGUCGACGCUGCGCGCCGAGUGGGAGUCGCGUAGCGCCGCGGCGUCCAGUGGAAACACCCUAAACGGCGCCCUGGGUGGUUCCUUCAACUCGUUGAGCAACAACGAGAGCAGCAGCGUGUCCGGUUCCGGGAACGACGCGAACGAGGAGAUCGACGUGGUCGGCGGUCUAGAUUCUUGUAGCGAGAGUGGCAGCGAGAGGGUGGAUUCUGUCGCGGAUGGGUCCGCGGAUGGGGAGUGUUAUUCCAGCCUGACCAGCGGCGCCAACGAACCGAGCGACCCUAGGAGACCCAUGAGCCAGAUACCAGGAAAUCCAGCUCCGAACUCCAGUCUAGGCCUCGAUCAUCUGAAUCAUCAACAGGGGAUCCAUCAUUGGGGUCUCAGUUUGUCGGAACGAAGAAGAGAGCUGGCGAACCUGAACACCGUGGCUGGUGUCCGCUGUCAGACGACGAACAACGCCGGGAAUCCUGGUAGAACGUCCGUCAGACAACACAGCAGCGAGGAAGAGGUUCAGAGCAGCAGCAUAGACUUGUCUGUGAAAGGUAGAGAAGAAAGGAAGAGGUUGAAUCCAUUUUCGAUCGACAGUCUUCUGGGUAAUAAUAACAGAACGAGUACACCGGGGUUGCACGAAUACAGAGCGUCCACGCCUACACUGUCGACUGGCAGGGAGUCGAGUAGCCCCACGUCACCGAUCUCGGUACCAACCUCACCCUCCACCCUGUAGUAAUUCAAGAAAUCGAGUCAUUUAUCAGGUGAUAAGCGACGCGAGUUUGUUUGUUCGACAACGAAACGAUGGGCCAGUUAACAAACAUUAUUGACAACGAGAGACAAUGGAGUGACGUUUAGGGUAACAUCGUAUUAGGAGAGUCAGUCAAAUAUAAAUUGAAAUUUUUUGGAAAUUCAUUAAUUAAUUUAUUUUUCAGAUUAUUAUAGGGGUACAUUCGUGAUUAACAGUAAUUUCAGCAUAGCUUAAUUAGCAAGAAAUCAAUCCCCUCUGGUAAAUAUAUUUUUGAAAAAUAAUAUCUAUACCCUAAAAUCAUUUCAGUUUGUACAGUGUUGAGCAUAGUAGGCUUCCUCCAGGAAAAUGAUGAUUCAUCCCAUCCCACCCCCGAUGGACUUCACAGUUCUGGAGUUUUUGUCCCUCCUCGAACUCCUGCUUCUUCCCUUAGGUAUUCCUGUAAAAUUAAUAUUUCGUACUUUUCAGGUAUGUACUAAAUUUGAUAACAUUUGAUAUUAUUUUGUUUCUAAAUCACUUUUAAUACUAGUAUCGUCAAAAUUAGGGCUUUGAAAAUUUCUGCUUCCCGUAUAUCUCCAUUUUCCCCUUGAGAAGCCUACUCUGAUCGCUGGUGUACAUCACCCUGAGACAUCUAAAAAAAGGUAAAAUUUAGGAAUUCAGUUUGAUAAAUGAAAAAUCUAAUUUUUUAAUUUUAUAAAUAUAAAAAUGUUACAAAAUAGCGGAGUUAUUCGCUAAUUUCGAAACUUCAGCUGACUGAGAAAUCUCUUUUUACCAAAUGAAAUUAAUUUUAAACGUUUCUAAAAAUUCUAAUUUACAUUUGAUUGAUCCAUGUAUCAUUGUUCGAUGAAAAGGAACGAUAAGCAAGACUAUCCGUUAGUCCUCGAUUCAGUGAUUCGAGGAAUACGAACUCGUUGACUGAAUAAAGAAAAGCUUAUAUCAGUUUCGACAUAUCUGCAUCGAGUGAGUGAACGAUCUCUGAGUCUGUCCAGAGUGAUCGGAUUCCUUCUUUGUUCUGUGUGACGAUCGUGACGGAUAGAAACGAGCAUGUGCAAUAAAUCACGGAUGAUCUUUUCUUUUCCUUUCUCACAUUGAAAGUUGAAACGUAAAAGAAAGUACAUACUGUGCGUGUGAGUGAGAGAGUGACAGACUGCGUGUUGUAAUUUAAUGUAAAUAGCUCGAAAUACGGACGAUUAUCGUUUUAUUUAAUUGAUCGUAGCCGAUACCCCAGUGUUCGUCGAAUCGCGGAUAUUAUUUAAAGCAAUAGAGAUUUCGCCUGAUACGCGUGUAUAUAGGUAUAUAGAAAGGAGAGACGAAGAUUUUAGGCAGCGACUGAUGCUGAGAUUUAAGAUGCGGUACAAAGAUGAGUUUUGGAAUCUCUUUGUGGGGAAAAAAAAGAGACAGAGAUGGGAUGUUACGAGAUGCCAUAAAAUCUGGGAUGCGAGACAGUAUCUACCGUAUAUUCAUU